AUGUCUGUGGUAGCAAGGAAAAAAGAGUGGCUACUUUGUUACACAGACAAACGAUUAGUUUUGUUCAAAGAUGACGAAAUAUUCCUCGAAUGGGAAGCUCAGCCAUGUAAAACGUACCGCUGUCACAUCGCCGAUGAUGAAAUGAAAGUGGUGGGAAGCCGGAGAAAUACAAUAACGUGUGAUUAUAUUAAUCUGAAGGAAGGCAAAAUUGAUAGGCGAGAACGUUUGCUGGAAGUAAAUUUCGAGAUCACAAACUUCGAAGUCAUCUUCUGUCUGGGCUGGCUUCUUUGCUGCGAUAAUGUUUCUGGGGCGCUGCAUAUGUUCGAUAGCAUGAGAGGGCAAUACAAAGGCCUUCUGCGGCUCAAUUCGACUCAAGAUGAUAUCUACGUAUGUGGAAACAACCGCUUCCAGGUUUUCUGCAACAACUUUAAUUACGAUACACUCACAGGACAAGUUUGCUUGAACACCUACGAGAUUGUUAAGAAUGAAAUUUCGCUGGCUUCAUCUGCAGCACUGGACAGUGGAUUUACAGAGUUUUGCGUGGUUCACGAUAAACGUUUCACGCAUUUUGCAGUGGUGUCAACUUGUCAGUACGAAAAGCUUUUACACUUACAAUUGUUUCUCCCCAACGCUUCAGUUCCCUUUUACGAGCAUGCUUUUCUAGACGGCGACGUGAGGUUUCUAGGAUUCCUGGAGCCCUUUUCUGUUCUUCUAGCCUCGACCGUACGUGAAAAACUCCGCUUGGAGCUUUUUAAUAUACUUGAUGGCCACGUAACAAAUUCAAUACGAGUUUGUCCGAGUAAUGUAAUGUCAUUUGAUCGCCUCAGUUCUAACGGCGAUGUCAUAUCUGCUAAUUUCAGCCCAAUGACGAUAUCUUCUGGACCCGAGGUGCACAUCUUACAUGCAGGGAACACCAACCAAGAAACAGUCCAUUUUACAAUGGCUCACUCUUCGUGCAUUCUUUACACAUGGCAGCCCAAGAAUCAUGGUAAACUACGUCCGCUACGGUUGCCCGGUUCCCCUAUUGCCCUGACUGAGGGAGCAGAUAGCGUCGUUUUCGUUCCUGAAAGAGCUCCUUCCCUUUGCUGUGCCAGGCUUCCACGAAUGGAUCAGCCACAUGACUUGGCGUCCCAGGGCUCUAACGACACUACCAUCCACGAAACCGGAUGA